CUCCACAAGGGGGGGCUGCUGGAUAUAUGCUUUAGUGCCCGACUGCCUGCCUUCAAACACUGAAUCUAGUUUGUGUGGACAGAGCGGGCGAGCAGAGCAAGACUCCCACUGCCGAGAGAACACCCGAUCCUGGUCCACACUCACAGCACACCUCCCCGGAGCAUCGCACACCACUUCUGGACUUCUUAUCCGGAAAACGGGACAACAAUUUUUCCCACUUGCGGGCUGGAUUAAAUAAUAAAGAUUUGGGAGACAGAGUUACAUUAUCAGAAGUGACAGAACAGAAACACACAUUAACAGGAUCCGCUGUGAAUUUAUGGAUGCUUGUUGCUUUUUUUUCGGUCCUCUUCCACUGGAGCAAACAGACCUCCUUUUGUGUUUUUCUUCAAGCCUGUUGAAAGAAUGAAUACACCGAACUUAUUCUGAACAAGUUGGAGGAAUAGUCGAAGGCUUUUUUAUGUGCAGACAAACAGAUGGAGCAUGCCAACUUUUUGGAGAUCUCUCUGAGGGCGUCUGGCAUCAUGGACAGCAAACUGGAUCAAUGAGCCAAGGUUCCGUCUCAUCCUGAGCUGACGGUUCUGCAAACAUCAGAGAAUAUCGGCAAGUCAACAAAACGAGGCUGUCGAUCCUAAAUUUACAAGAAAGCUCACAAAAAUAAGGCUUCGCUAUCUUCAGCCUCACUCGUUUCUGCUGUUAACAGCCAUGAUAUCAAAAUUCUUAGGUAACUGUUCAUCGCUGAUCCUGCUGUUCCCUCUUCUUCAACUGCUGCGGAUGGACAUGCUCAACGCUGCCCCCUCUGGUCCGGAGACUGACAGCUGCUCCACAUUAGUCCAGAGCCGCUUCUUUGGAUUCUUCCUCUCGUCUUCUGCAUUUCCCAGCAUGCCCUGCACCUGGACCCUACAGAACCCUGAUCCACGGCGCUACACCAUUUUCAUCAAAGUCACAAAACCAACUAGAGACUGCAUUGCCCGGCAGCACCGGACCUUCCAGUUUGACUCCUUCUUAGAGACGACUCGGACCUUCCUCGGAAUGGAAAGCUUUGAUGAGGUGGUGAAGCUGUGCGAUGCCUCUACCCAUGUUGCCUUCUUGGAAGCCGGGAAACAAUUCCUGCAGAUCCGGAAAGGGCUGCCCAGAGUAGGCGCCGGGUCUAGAAAUGGGGAUGGGGAAUUUAAGGUGGAGUAUCUUGUGGUUGGGAAGCGUAACCCCAGCAUGGCUGCCUGUCAAAUGCUUUGCCAGUGGUUGGAGGACUGUCUGACCUACAGUUCUUCCACCCGACCCUGUGGCAUCAUGCAGACCCCAUGCCAAUGCUGGGACCAGCCUCCCCCAGACAAAGAAACCAAUGGAUGCUACCGAGAUGGGGUCUUCUUGGAGAACUGCAUUCCUGUUGUGAAAGAAGGAACGUCUGAAACUGACAAUAGCGGUAAGACAUAA